UCGUCCACCACGUCCAUCCCCCCGGCAAAGCAAAAACAGCUCAGGAAUCACCGUCUCGAGGGGCUGACCGCCACCACCCGAUCGGAGCCAUGAACGGUACAGAGGGGCCGUACUUCUACAUUCCCAUGUCCAACGCCACGGGCGUGGUCAGGAGCCCAUAUGAGUACCCGCAGUACUACCUUGUGGCACCAGUGGGCUAUGCCUGCCUGGCUGCCUACAUGUUCUUCCUCAUCAUCACCGGCUUCCCCAUCAACUUCCUCACGCUGUAUGUCACAAUUGAACACAAGAAGCUACGCUCGCCCCUCAACUACAUCCUGCUCAACCUGGCUGUGGCCGACCUCUUCAUGGUGAUCGGCGGCUUCACCACCACGUUGUGGACCUCGCUCAACGGCUACUUCGUCUUCGGCCGCGUUGGCUGCAACAUCGAGGGCUUCUUUGCCACCCUGGGCGGUGAGAUUGCGCUCUGGUCCCUGGUGGUGCUGUCCAUUGAGAGGUAUGUGGUCGUCUGCAAGCCCAUGAGCAACUUCCGUUUCGGUGAGCAACACGCCAUCAUGGGUGUUUCCUUCUCAUGGGUGAUGGCAGCAGCUUGUGCCGUCCCUCCCCUGGUCGGCUGGUCCCGUUACAUCCCUGAGGGCAUGCAGUGCUCGUGUGGAAUCGACUACUACACACGCGCCCCCGGCUUCAACAACGAGUCCUUUGUCAUCUACAUGUUCGUAGUUCACUUCACAAUUCCCCUCGUCAUCAUCACCUUCUGCUACGGCCGCCUGGUCUGCGCCGUCAAGGAGGCAGCCGCCCAGCAGGCCGAGUCCGAGACCACCCAGAGGGCCGAGCGUGAGGUCACCCGCAUGGUCAUCAUCAUGUUCGUUGCCUUCCUGGUAUGUUGGGUGCCCUACGCAAGUACGGCAUGGUACAUCUUCAUCAACCAGGGAACCGAUUUCGGGCCCAUCUUCAUGACCAUACCGGCUUUCUUUGCCAAGAGCUCCUCCGUUUACAACCCCCUCAUCUACAUCUGCUUGAACAAGCAGUUCCGCCACUGCAUGAUCACCACCCUGUGCUGCGGCAAGAACCCCUUUGAAGAAGAGGAGGGCGCCUCCACCGCCUCCAAGACAGAGGCCUCGUCUGUCUCCUCCGUCGCCCCAGCAUAAGCAUGCUCAGCCGGUCACCCGAUCUGAGCUCCAGGUGCAACGGUGCCCCAAGUCCUCCCAACCCUCGCCGAGACAAAGACGAAGACUCCAACAACGGCCGCUACCACCGUCUACAGAAGUAACUUCCCUAUUAUUAUUCUUUUCUCCUUUUGUAUUUUUACAAAAACGUUGGUUCAACCUAAAGACAGUUGUGUGAGAUGGCAGGCCACAUCCAAGUCGAUUCUGUAUGUACAGUUGAGUCCAACAUAAGAGUACAAUAAGAUGUUUUUUUUUCCUCUAUUCUCCUCAGAGGCAACAAAAAGGAAAAUAUCUUACAACUUUUACUGUUGGACUCCGUAAAUUACUGGCUUUGUUGUGAAUGUAGAGGCAUGUAAUCAAUGGCAACGUAAAAUAAAACGCACUUUGCAAAUGAAUCACCCAGGUCAUGUUUUAAUUAAAGGGAAGUGUUGAUGGAUACAUGUUACCUUAGUGUUUUGGAACUAAAUAAAAGUGAUUCAUCUGAAAAGACUGUGA